UUGUUCAACUACACCAUACCGGCUGUAUUAACGAAUUCACGAUGAACGUUUCCGAGCUUGAUUUGUACGAUAUCCUUGGGAUUCUACAAGAUGCUGAUCAAGAUGCGAUUAAGAAAGCGUACAGGAGAAAGGCACUGAAAUGCCAUCCAGAUAAAAACCCAGACAAUCCUCAAGCUGCUGCAGAGUGGGAGAAGCUUGCCAAAGCUUUAGAAGUACUAAGUGAUGAGGAUGCAAGGGCCACUUAUGAUAAGGUUCUCAAAGCAAAGAAGGCAGCAGAACUCAGGAACAAAGCACUUGAGGGAAAAAGAAGAAAAAUUAAAGAAGACCUUGAAUCAAGAGAAGCCUCAUACAAGAAAGAACAAGAAACUUCUACAACUGAUAUAAUUUCCUUGGAGGAAAAGAUCAAGCGAUUGAGGGAAGAAGGAUCACAGACAUUGAAGAAAGAACAAGAGCUUCUAAGAAAUGAACUCCAUUCUGCUCUUUCUCCAGAUGAAGAUACAUCCCCUAAAUUGAAGAUCAAAUGGAAAGCACAGAAAGGAGAUGUAUCGAAUGGAGGAUAUGAUUAUGCUUUCUUGAAACGCAUUUUUGGAAAGUAUGGACAGGUCAAGAAUUUGAUAUUGUCAAGCAAGCGGAAUGGUAGUGCUAUAAUUGAGUUCUCAUCUGCUGCUGCUGCUGAAAUGGCUGUCUCAAAUGAAUUUGGUCUACCUAACAACCCAUUGCAGCUAACCUGGCUGUCAGGAAAGCCAGAGAAAAAGCCUGAAGAAGUGGUGCAUAUGGAAUCUGCUGUGGAAAAACAGUUUGAGGAAGAUGUCUUGCAGCUUCUUCUCCAAGCAGAAGCCAACAAACAAAAACAACAGCAACCAACUUGCAAAGAACAAUCCAGUGAAAGCUCACAUCAAAACAGUGAAGAUUCAGAGGUUGAGAAAGACCAGUACUAUGAACAUUGUCCUCCAUCCUAUUUGAAUGAAAAAGAAGGGGAUGAUGGAUGAUGAAUUGUGAUGGACAUAAACAUCAAUAUUUCUAUCAGCAGGAAAGACUCUUAUAUUUAAUAGUAAUAAUCCGUUUUUUAUAUAGCGCUUAAUAUAUCGGAACGACGUGUCUAAGCGCUUUACAGAUAUAUUAUUACCCCGGUCAUCGGAUUCAAUCAGUCAUUCCCGCACACAAUGUGUGCACAUCCUCCACUCCCUGGGGAGUAUUCCAGUCAGUCGCCGGUGAGGCGCACACAGUACUGGACAAGCUACAAUGACUUUCACAUCCUACCGGGUACCCAUUUAGCACCUGAGUCGAGAGUGGCAAAGUGUGGAUUAACGCCUUGCCAAAGGACGCCAGACCGCGGUAGGAUUAGAACACACGACCCUCUGUUUACAAGGCGAGAGUCAGAACCACUACACCACGGCUCCUCCAUUUUACAUCACUUGCCUGUGAAGGGUGUGAAGGAUAUAUCGCUCUUUCUAUUCACUCAACUACUAUGCUGCACUGUGUACACAAAUACAACCAGGAAAACAUGGUAGUUUUUGCUGGUUGAAACAUGAAUACCCACAUGAGGCAUUUAGGUUUUCAAAAAUGCAAAAGUGUUUAGAGGCACAAAAUUGUAUGUUUCUGGACUUUGCCCAAAAUUGGUUAAGAAAGUUUUUUUUCCUGAAUAUGUCUAAACAUAUCUACUGGUAAGUUAUCUUUUCGCAUUGUUAAUAGGGGCUGCGGUAUUGUUAUAUGGUACCAUUGACAAAGAAAUUAGAUGGAACUCUGUGAAGUAGGAAUGGAUCCGACUGGACAAAAAAAAUAUAUGCUCCUUUUUUUCUUUUCACACAACCGAUUUAAUAAAACAUGCUUGAUCAUUCAAUCUUAAUGUAGAAACUUCAAAAUUUAAGAGGUUUAGUUAUUAAGCAGUCAUGGAUCUGCUUGAAGAUAAUGCUACAGCUUCAUGGCCACCUCAUCUAAUAUCAGUUGGUCUAGUUCCUUGAUCUAGACCAAUUCCUUUUAUCAACUUUGAUGUAUAAUAAUUUUUAUUUGAUGAUUGAUUCACUUCAUCUUGUUAUAUUUACCAUCUUGAACCUGUUUAUAUAAGUGGGAAUAAAAAAAUGUCAGACCAAGAAUGGAUAGUGCAUGGAAUGGAUAGAACCUAUCAAAUUCAGAUUGAAUGGUUGAUGGACCAAGGGGCAACCAGAUUUAAUGGUCAUUAGACAAUUUGUUGUUGACAAAAAGAUGGGAUCAUUUGGGGUGACACCAAGCAAGCAUAAUAAAAAUGGGAAUUGAUCAGACCCGGGGCAACACUAAUUCAAACAAAAAUAAUAAAAAAGAAUAAUAGUAAGAAAAGGGUGUAAGAUAGAAAAGGAGUAUCAAAUUGAGAGAUAUUAGUGAUGUAACUCUAAUGCCCCUAUUAUGCAAUUGAGAGGAGAAAAUAUGUCACUUUCAGGUCAUCUUACCCCCUUUUGCGAAUGCAUUGGUACUGCCCAUGUGGUGAAGUGGUAAUGUGGAAUGUCAUAAAGUUGCCUGUUUGUGUUUGAAUAAUUAUAACUUUAAAAGUAUAGAAAUUAGAAGAUGUCGGGCAAAGCACAAUGUUUUUUUUUUGCUAAUUUUUUUUUAAAAAGAGAAUCUAGUACAUUUCAUGCUUUAGGGGGCUGUUUAAUAAAGGUGUACAUGACUUUUAGACAUGACAUUUGAACAACCGGAACAUAAAGUGCCGAAAUAAAGUAUCUCACAAACUACCAACAAACAAUGACUGUAUCUCAGAUGAUUUCGUUCUUUAUUGGGAUAACAAUGUGAUUUUACCCUGAACAUAUUUUUCAACAGUUACAAUUUGACUAAACACCUGCAUGAUUUAACUUCAGCUACUAGGUUUACUUUACAACACACAUUCAACUUCAUGAACAGCUUAAUGAAAUGACGUCCAGGUGGCUGUUUUCAGAGAGUUCUACUUGAUCUAAUCAAUUAUGACUAUUCAAAGCAAACAACAGUAUUUUUCAAUCUGUUCUGUAGAGCCACAGUACGAAUACUCAUGCAUGAGUAAAGGAAUGUACUUGGAUAAUAAAAAUGAAAGAAAAUUAUCAAACAUACUAUUGUGAAUUUCCUGACACAAAGCAAAUAAUAAUAUGCAUGUAAAGUUUACUUGGUUUUGUGAGAUAUAUCAUUUUAUAAACCAUUUUUCUAGGGAGGGGAUAAUGUAUGGUAUCAGCCUUUUGAAUAAAUUCUUUUGAUAUCCAAUCACUUUCUGGAAGAGUCUUUUGGUAAAACUUGAUGUUUUCUUUUUUUUUUAACUGGCUCAGCACAGUUAUGAUUUCUGCCAAACUCAAGUUAAUAGUUAUUAUCUUGGAAAGUUUUCUUGAUUAGAUUAUGGACUUGUUGGAGUCAUACAAUGUCAAAGGUGUAUCCUCUUUCAAAACUACUUUGUUAUCAUGUCCGUUUAAUGUAUCAGACUUGCCCAACGACGACUGAAUUGCCAGUUUUUGGAUUAUGACAUACAAAUAAUGCACAGGUAAGGUUGUAUUGAUGGCAAUGCAUCCAAAUGCACGGUGCUGCAUCCAGAAUGCAUAGCUGGAGGGUUGUGGAAAAUUAAAGUGUAAACAUGUGACUUGCAUAUGCAUUUAGCAUUGGCUAGAUUCUUGAACUUUUUUAUAUAUCGGACAGGAAUUGUGAAUAACAUUCUGCAUACCACAUUGAGAUAAAUGUCUCAAUGCAGUGAUGAGAGAACGUA